GAUUUGCUACUGUCACUGAUGCAGAGAUCCAUUGUGGUAUUGACCUUGAGGGCGUAGAUGCAGAAGACCAAUCUGUGCUAGCUGUUGCCUCUCCAAUCCUGAAAUCAAAGAGACCCACAGCUGGCAAGACAAAGACAAGUGUUCACGGUAAUGUAGAAUCCCAGCCAUCCACAACAACAACAACUGCCAGUACACCCAGACUGAAUGUUUUCAAUCACAGGUAGCUGAUUUUCUGAAGUCUCAACCAAUAAGGUUCCAGAUUGAAGUGCUUGGAAGUCUGUUUGCUUUUGUUGCUGCUCAAAGCCAAGUGGAAGGUGUUGACGAUGCCUUUAUUGAACUUUCGUUAAACGAAGUGGCUAGAGAGCCGGUACCGGUCCCGGAAGCGGAGGACUUGGAGUGCCGGUAAUUUGCACGUGACCGAUACUCCCGGAUUCCUGAUAACGUGCGUACUGAGUUCAUUGUCACAUUAGCGUAUUAUGUUAUGGAUGCGGUGAUGGAGUGUACGUGCACGCGUUCUUGAACAUACAUAGCUAGUCUAGUCGUUUUCAAUAGAAGGAGCACCUAGUUUUGAAGUGUUCAUUGCGUGACUACCGAAGCCGAGUCUCACGUAAUUUGGAUACAAAGAACAAGUUUUGGAAUGUAUUUCACAUGAUUCAUUCGAAUUUCUUUUUAUCCACUGACGAAGGUUCUGUUUGUCGAUUUUGUAUUUUGUUGCCACACGUUGUUCAGAGAUGAUGCUCUACCUUUCUUCACAACAUUCAAUUUUUAAGAUCUCUUUUUCUCUUCGUGGACAGUUCUUGUCAAAUGGCAAACUAAACAAUGAGUGUGAACAAUGUCGGAUACCAGUCUUCGGCUCCAAGGCAUGGGUUACUGUUCAAACAUGGGUUACUAUCAUUUCAAACUGAUCAGAUCCUUCAGUUAUAUUUGAGUACAGUUUAUUAUUCAAGGAAAUAUGGUUUCAAAAUGCCCCCAUGAUUAUGAGGACUGGUUGGGCACCAUGUAUGCUGAAUUUGGUAUGAAAUGGCACUGUUUGCACAAUGGCCCUGCUUGGCAGCAUGAUGAACACUCUGGAUUGAAAAGCACCAUGAUCCCGGGAAAUGUAAGCUGAAAUCCAUAGCAAUUAAUUAUUCAAUGUAGGCAGUGUCUUAGUUUGACAAUGCUUUUGUUCCUUCAAAUUGUGCAUGACAAUGAUUGGUAGCCUUGCAUCUCUUAGUAGUAUGAUUUUGUAAGCUAAGAUAAACAAUGCUUCUUUGUCAUUGUCUACACUGAGAACUCGUGUAGUCAAUACUGGAGUUUUCAAAACUACAGAAAUUCAGGACACAACUUUGGACAAAGCUUCUGAAUGCAAUCCAGGUGCUCGAUGGUGGAUCAAAGCUGAUGGAUGCGAUGUCAUUCCUGGUCUCCAUGAAUCUGUCCGCCUUGAAUGGUCUGGAGAUGUUGACUUGAAGGAUGGGACACUGCAAAGAAACAUACAAGAAGUACAGAGACCGUCUCAAAGACAUUUCUAGUAUUGGAAAGAGCAGCACUUCACAGACCAGGCUUGUACUUUCUACACUUCAGUGUGAAUUGACUGAAGAUCUGCAAUGUUUGCAAAGUGCUCUAGAAUCCAAAACAUCUGAACUGGACAAGCUGAAGGUCAGCCAGCCAACAAAAGUGGUGGCUGAGUUAGAGUGGGAUGUGAGGGAGUACCAGUUCUUGUUGAAGGAAUGCCAGUGGGCAGUUGAAACAGUGGCUGAGGUAGACCUCACCAGUACAUCUCUUCAAAGACAAGACAGUCAAAUAACACAAUCUAAGCUGGCAGAAAUUAGAUGUAGAAGAGUCUCUUGUUCGAGGGAUAGUGAGGAAGCAAAGACAGGCAGCCUCACAUGCAAUGGUUUUCAUGGUCAGCCCUGAAACUAGAAGGAGAAAACCGUAUGCUUUGCUUGUUCAGUUGCUACCAUAUAGAGGACUAAAGGACAGCAUGAUGAGACAUCUUACCAACAAACUGAAAAUGGAAAUGAAAAGUCGUACAUGGAAGUUGUUGGAUUGGUAACUGAUGGUGAAUUCAAAAGCCUAAGAAGUUUAGGAUCAACUGGACCAACUAACAUCCUUCAAAUUAGAUCAGACUCUCGUGCUCAAGUAUCUCGUCUCAGCUACAACAAGAUGCUUCAAAUGCUAACAUUGAAAGAGCUAUCUAAUCCUCCUGAAGCUGUAGUCAUCACAAGAGAAAUCCUGAUGCAGUCACAGUCGUGGCAGAAAUCUGGUCUAACAUAUUGGGACAGCAUUGCAAAACUGAGGAUAAAAACAGUUCCACGUGGAUUCACUCUUCAUGCUUGGAAUGGAAGUCUUAACACAGCACUAGAAACAAGAAAGGACUGUCUGCGAUCCAUCAUUGCCCAGUUGUUUUAUCGUCACAAAAUACUGGACCCGGAGAAACAAGGGCAGAACUUCCUCAUAUUUGCUUACCAGCCUGAGAUUGAUAAAGUCACAGGGCAGCCAUUUCACGAAAGAGAAGACCACAAUCACGUGUUAAAGAGGAUAGCUAGUCACACAAGAAGUAGUGGUCCAAAAGGUUGUCACCUGGAGAGAUAGCAAGAAGCAAUGGAAUCGCCAGAGACAUGUCUAACGUACGUGGCGCUUUCAGGGCAAAGGAAGCAAACAUAGAAGAUGCCGAAAGGAUCUUUUCUAAUUCUGUUGCCCAGUAUCUAAGACAAAGAGGUUACACAAACGAGGCUGUUUAUGUGCAAACAGUGUGCAAUUGGCAUGUUGCUUCUGAUGGACGAGGAAUAUCACAGCUUAAGCGAUCCAAAUACAAUUAUGAGAUGCUUCAAUAUGUCUUGGAUGAAUUAAUGCCUUGGCAUA